AUGUGGCGGGUCUCUGCAACACCAGCCGCAUCAAAGGGUGGCAGGCCUGGGGAGGUUGAGAGCCACCGGUUUAGGCAGUCUCCCAUUAGUAGAUUUAACCCCGGUAAGUGCGUGUUACAGCGGGUCAUCAUCUUUCCCAGGCUGUCAUUUGGAAGCCCGGGGCGUGGCCUCUCAGGCAGAGCCGUAAAAGAGGCCCCGGCGAGUCGUGAAGAGUCGCGACACGGAAGAGUCGCUUUACGGCUCGGCCCCGCCUCCUCCGCCGCGGGCGUGCCGGGCUCGCGGCUUCGGGUCUGCUGCACACGUGUGGCGCUGUCGGUGACCCCGGCCGGCGUGCUAGCGCCGCGGGGGACGGGCGGACGGACGGGCGGACCGGGCGGCAGCGUCGGCCCCGGGGCUCGCGAGCCGAUGGAGGAGGAGGGGACCCCGGGAGGAGGCCCCCAGAGGGCUGCUGGGGAGGGAGCCUGGGACCUAGGCGGGAGCCGGGCGGCGGGCGAUGCCGGGGAGAGGGGCGCGCGGGCGGGGACCGAGGGCGCGGAGGAGAUGAAGGUGGACUUGGCUGCCGUGAAGCAGGAGGUGGAGGACUGGUCGGAUGCGGGCUUGUCGGGCUGCCGCUGGGCGAAGCCGGAGCCGGCGGCCGGGCCUGGGGUGAAGGAGGAGAAGGUGGGCGCGCCGGAGGUGAAGCCGGAGGCGGCCGAGGGGGAGCCCGCAGUCAAGGAGGAGAAGGUGCAGGUGAAGGAGGAGGUCGCCGACUGGGGAGAGGUGAAGGGGGACCCGGACGUGAAGCGGGAGCCGCUGCUGGGUCAGGAUGUCAAGGAGGAGCGGCCGCCGCCGGUGGUCAAAGAGGAGGCGUCCCUCAAGAGAGAAGCGGCGGACGGCACGCAGGUGAAGGAGGAGCCUCUCAGGGGCCCCCGAGUGGGCUGCAAGAGGAAACUGGCCAUGUCCAGGUGUGGAACUUGUGGGGCGGAAGAGGCAAAGUACAGAUGUCCGCGCUGCAUGAGAUGCUCCUGCAGUUUGCCCUGUGUAAAGAAACACAAAGCAGAGCUGACUUGUAAUGGAGUCCGAGAUAAAACCGCUUACAUCUCACUGCAAGAGUUCACGGAGAUGAAUCUCCUAAGCGACUAUCGGUUUUUGGAAGAUGUGGCGAGAACCGCAGACCAGGUUUCAAGAGAUACGUUUUUGAAAAGACCAAAGCGCAAAAAAUAUAUGUUCUUUAUGAAAAAUCGUGCCCGAAAGCAAGGUGUUUUCUUGAAGCUUCUACCCAACGGAUUCAGCAAGAGGAAAGAGAAUUCAACAGUUUUUGACCAUAAGAAGCAACAGUUCUGCUGGCACCUAAAGCUCCAGUUUCCACAGAGCCAAGCCGAGUAUACAGAAAAAAGAGUACCAGAUGAUAAAACUAUUAAUGAAAUUCUAAAACCUUACAUCGAUCCUGAAAAGUCUGAUCCUGUAAUUCGUCAAAGAUUGAAAGCCUAUGUACACUCACAGACCGGGGUCCAAAUUUUAAUGAGGGUUGAAAAUAUUCAGCAAAACUUAAUACGGUAUUAUGAACUGGAUCCUAACAAAAGUCUUUUAGACAAUUUGAAGAACAAAGUGAUCAUUGAAUACCCAACUUUGCAUGUGGUAUUGAAAGGAUCUAGUAAUGACAUGCAACUUCUUCACCAAGUGAAAAGUGAAUCUACCCAGUAGCUUGGCAAUGGAAAUUGAGCACUUGUGGAAGAAGGUGAAAGUUCCCAGAUGGUUGAGAAGAUUGCGUGUGGAUGGACAGUUGGGUGACUGGGGUCCUCUCAGAGGGUGGUUGGAAUGUGCUGUUUGUCUAAAAGGAAAUUAAACAAUAUAACUUGCUUUUGAAAAAA